AUGGGAGUUGAAGUCCACAGGCGGAAAGCAAGGUGUGCGCCAAAGACAGCAUCCCCGGCGGAGUGUUUUGGGGGGCCGUUCCCGGGAAAUAUCCACAGCGAACCUCCUUCUCCAGGACUGAGCGAGCCGCUGAACCCAGCCGUGACCCUGAUCCUGCAGGACGACACCUGCUGGCUGGCCAAGCUUUCCUUGGUCCCUGGCGAAGGGGAUGCCAAUUCGGUCAUCUACAAGAAAGAUGACUCCAUUUGGUGUAAACCACCAAGGCUCUUUCCGAGGGAAGCGCUGAAGGCGUUCGUCAUGGCCGAGCCGAUGGGGAUCCCCAACCACGCCGGGAAGAUUGAGGGCGGGGAGUCCACUCCCGCUGUCACUCUGCCUUCCGAAAUCCAGCUGCUUCCCCAGCAAGCGGGGAUGGCGGCUAUCUUAGCCACGGCAGUUGUCAACAAGGACGUCUUUCCUUGCAAGGAUUGUGGCAUCUGGUACCGGAGUGAGCGGAACCUCCAGGCGCAUCUGAUGUACUACUGUGCCAGCCGCCAGAACGCCACCUCGCCCACCCUGGACGAAAAGCCCAAGGAUGCCUACCCCAACGAGCGCAUCUGCCCCUUUCCCCAGUGCCAAAAAAGCUGCCCCAGUGCCAGCUCCUUGGAGAUCCACAUGCGCAGCCAUAGCGGAGAAAGGCCGUUUGUCUGCCUCAUCUGCCUGUCUGCCUUUACCACAAAAGCAAAUUGUGAGCGACACCUCAAAGUGCACACAGAUACCUUGAAUGGUGUCUGCCACAGCUGUGGCUUCAUCUCCACCACUCGGGACAUCCUCUACAGCCACCUGGUCACCAAUCACAUGAUCUGCCAGCCUGGCGCCAAGGGAGAGGUCUAUUCCCCAGGCCCCACCAUCCCUGCUUCCACCACUAAGCCAUUGGCCCCGGGCUUGAGUCCUCCGGGUUCAUCCCUCUGCGCUCAGGUGCAGCUUCUGUGGCUACGUGGCCAAUGGCUUGACCAGCCUCCAGCAGCACGUGGCCUUGCACAGCCCCGCAGUGGCGGCUCUCCCAACUCGGAGCUGAAAGCCGUUCAGCAGAGCCCACCAGAGACCCCCGCCAAAUCCCCUUUGCAAGAGGCGAGCGGGUCCCCGGAAGAGGAUGCGGGGGGCGCCUCUCCCCCCCAAGAAAGGAGCACUGCUGCCAGCUGGCUUGACGGGGCCCCCCCUGUGAAGGUCAAGGAGGAGCCUUUAGACGAGGAGGAAGAGCCGCGAGGAGACCCCCAAGAAGAGGCGGCUCCUGAAGCCGAGGCGGAUGCGGAUGCGUCCCCCAGGGCGCCCUCACCCCACAGCCUGCUCUCGGUGAAGGUGAAGUCUGAGAUCACCAGCCCCACACCAGGAUCCAGUCCGGUGCCCACCGAGCUUGGCGCCAGCACCUCCGGGGGCACCGUGUUUCUGCCCCAGUACCUGUUCGGCCACGAAGCCUCUGUGCUGCCACAGGCGUCCGAGAUCUUGGCCAAGAUGUCCGAGCUGGUUCACAGCCGCCUGAAGCAAGGCCACGGUGGGGUGCCUCCCGCCCUCUUCCCAGGCACCCCCGUGCCCAAGGGCGCCACCUGCUUUGAGUGCGAGAUCACCUUCAACAACAUCAACAACUAUUACGUCCACAAGCGCCUUUACUGCUCCAGCCGGCGCCUGGCGGAGGACAGCCCCUCCGUCCCACGCAAAGCCAAGGCGGCUCCCCCUGCGCCCAAAGGCCUCUCCGCUGCCGGGCCACGCCUCUCGCCUGGAGAGAGCAGCGCAGCCCCAGAGGGGGAACCGGAGGGAAACGCCACCCCUCCCGCCCUAGAGAUCAAGCAAGAGGUCAAAGGGGAGGAAGGCGCCGCCAAAGCCAGCCCCUCCCCAGAGACGGAUGGGACCGGGCGCAUCAGCGAGGGGAGCCCGAGCCCAGGGGCCAGCUCUGUGGAGGAACCAGAGGAUGACCCCAACCGGACCGUCUGCGAAGCCUGCAACAUCCGCUUCAGCCGCCACGAGACCUACAUGGUGCACAAGCGCUACUACUGCGCCUCCCGCCACGACCCUCCCCUGCGCCGGAGCAGCGCGGCCGGCAAGCUGCCCUUCCUCCCCCAGCCGAUCCGCACACGCAAACGCCGCAAGCUGUACGAGAUCCACAACGCCAGCAGACAACUGGGGGCUACCCCAGAGCUUCCCCGCCCUGAGGCGCCUCCCGUGGUCCCCUCUCUCAUUUCGGUGGUCAAGGCCACCCCGUCUCCCAGCUCGAGCCCAGAUGCCGAGGGCCCCAUCGACCUCAGCAAGAAGCCCCGGUUGAGCAGCGGGAGCCGGGUGCUCCCCGCCGCCCUCCUCCCCCUGGCGGACUACCACGAGUGCACGGCCUGCCGGAUCAGCUUCCACACCCUCGACAGCUACCUGGCCCAUAAGAAGUACUACUGCCCGGCCACGCCCUUGCAGACCAGCACCAUGGAGCAGCUGCAGAAGAUCAAGGGGGCCGUCCCAGCCCCUCGGAAGGCCCAAGACAGCCCGGAGGGUCGGGCGGAGGAACCCGAAGGGGUAUCGAUCAAGGUGGAGAAGGUGGUGCCUUCCGUGAGCCCCGUGGCUGCACCAGUCGGCUUCCCUGCCGCAGAGCCACUCCAGCUUCAGCAGCAGCGCCACCUGGAGGGCAAAGCUCAGCACCUCGCAGGCGCCAAGGUGCCCCUGGCCAUGUGCCCUUACUGCCCCGUCAACGGCACCGUGAAGGGAGACUUGGUAGAGCACUUCCGAAAUACGCACGGACUGUUUGUGACCAAAACAGCAGCAGGGCCCGCGUUGAUAGAGGCCACCCGGACGCUGGCGGAUGGCAGCCCGCUUCCCUCCCUCCCAGCCACCUCCCCGUCACAGCCGGCCCCCAGACUGCCCAAGGACAGCUUCAACGGCAAAGAGGCGCCCGUCCCUCCCCUGUCCAAUGGGAGCCCUCGACCCACAGCUUCUCCCCAGCCACUCCUACCCCUCUCCCCCUCCGUCCCCUUGCCCCUCUCCCCCCUGCCCGAGGCCCUGCCAGCACCCCCCCUUCCGGGCAUACGGACAAGCUGCGCAGACCCUUCUGGCAAAGGGCUGGCCACGCCCGUGGCCAACGGCAGCCACCGCUUUUGCCGCCUUUGCAACAUCAAGUUCAGCAGCCUGUCCACCUUCAUCGCCCACAAGAAGUACUACUGCUCAUCGCACGCGGCCGAGCACAUCAAGUAG